UUCGGUCCUAAAAGCAACUAUUUAAUAAUACUCCGGACCGCGGCCUAUCGCCGACGAGGUAGCAUUGACUGUGCAAGACAACGGUCAACCACAUGCAAAUGCAUCCGCCAUCCUUUCCAGUGCAUCCUUGCACCUUCUUGCGGUAAUAUUACGUAUCAGAUACCUAUGUUGUCAUCCAGCAUACAGCGCUCAAUCAAAGGUUGCCUGCACUGCGCUCGUCCUCACCCAAACCCCUCAUCCACAGUGGGUUGGCUGGCCGUGGCAACGAAAGUUGCCGCCCUUUGGAAUUGACACUGCAUAUGGCCGUCUAUUGAUGAUACGCGCUCUCUUGGACCAUUGGGCAUCCUCGCUCGUGAUGGCAGUACUACUUGCCAGUUGAAGGCCAUCAAAACCAGGAGGCCCGAAGCUCGUACGCCCCACUGUGCCACAGUGCCACAUGGUGUUGCAUAGCCGUUGGCGAUCAAACGUACAGAAUCCUCCGGCUGCCAGGCAUUAUAGUAUUCAAUGUAUUAUUGCGGACGUAAGUUCCCAGCAUUUGGAGCUAAACUGCGCUGCUCUCGUCCUGUCUUUUAGGGCACCUGCAGGGAACAUUGGUGAAGAAAAUGACACAUCUCAAUGUGUUGCCUCAGCUCUCCGAUUUCCCACUCUUGCUAGGACAGGCCGUUGUGCUGGCCUUUUUCCUGCAGAGUGUGUGCCCUCAUUACCCUGUUGUGUGAUCUGCACGGGGCUUUUCGCAUGCCAGGUGCAUCGAUUUAGCAAUCCCAUUAGGCCGCGUUUUCGUAUCGUUUCCCUUCUUUUUUCUAAUACUAGCUGCCGAGAGGACAUAUAUAUCUCAAACGAAAUAAUUAUUCCGGCAAUGACUGACGUGCGAGAGGCCUUGGAUCGUGCGCGAAACAGCACUGACGGUCGCAUCGAUUCUCAAACGGGCGCCGUGCUUGAGAAAGCCAUCCAGGAGCUUUGGAGCAGAAUACAAGCACAGCCCACCAGCUACAUAUUGAAUCGAGACGAAUUCGCGCUUUUCAACUACUUCAGAGAGCGCUUUAAAAGCUCCGUGGUUGCCCAGAAAGCCGUUGAAAGGUUCUGGAACAACUUUCAGGGGGAUUCCGCCGGCAUCGGAAGAGGCCGCACGGCGUAAUAUUCGAGAAGGAGCCUCUUGAAUUGUUCUAGAUUUAUUGUUUCUCAUCUAUGUGAAACACCCGCUGAGGGCAGCCUUUUAUGCCUCGCAAGACAUUGAGCGAUGCACGAGAUGACGGCCCCUCAUCUCAGUGAAUGCUCCCGCACAUCAUCUCUACCUCCAGUGAUUCUCCUCUAUUGAGAUGCUUUGGCUAUUUUUUUUCGGUCGGGCUUUACUGUUUUUCUCUGCCAGAGGUC